AUGAAGCUCGUAAUCGGCGGUUCAACCGGCUACGUCGCCACAGAAGUACUCUCUCAGGCUCUCAAAAAUCCUACAAUCACCUCGAUCAUUGCUCUCGGUCGACGCGAGGCCGAACUAACACCAGAGACUGGCUCCGACGCUGCAAAGCUGAAGGUCCUUGUCUGCGAUAACUUUGGGGAUUAUCCCGAUAACGUGAAAGCAGAGCUUGAGAAUGCAGAUGCUUGUAUCUGGACCAUCGCCAUAACACCUAUAAGACUUAACACCGUCCCAUGGGAAGAAACAUGCAAAGUCUCACGCGACUACGCAACCACAGCGAUAAAAACCCUGGACAUCCUCCGCCAACCCCAAUCCCAGGAGAAACCACUCCGCUUCCUCUACAUGAGCGGACACCUCACGCUGCGUAGUCGGGACGAUAUCCCCGCCGCUUUACGGGACAGCGGCCUAAUUGACUACGGAUUACUACGGGGAGAAGCUGAGACACUGAUUCUUAACUACGCAGAGCAGUCUCACGGGGCAGUUCAAUCCUGCAUCGUGAAACCGGGACUCAUCGAUGCUCCGGGCGUGGAGAGGCGUGAGAUCCCCGGUAUCCCGCACAUUGAAUUGACUGAUAUUGCGGCUGCGAUGCUGGACCAGGUUAUUGGUGGGUUUGAGAAGGAUACGUUGAGUAAUGAUGAUUUGGCGCGGAUUGGGCAGAGGGCUUUGGUCGGGUAG